UCCCACCACUCUUUUCCUAAUAGCUAACUCCCCCCAAGAAAAUGGGUAAUCAUGACUUCGUUUAUCCAUUUCCUUGAACAAGUAAGAUUCCGUCAACCAAGUACACUCAGUUAGGCUAAAGGUAUAGCCGGUAUCUACAAUUUUACAUCUAAUUGUAACUCUUUCUUUUCUUCCAUUGCCGCCAAUCCUGCUUGCUGUGUAAUAAAUGGCUUCUCCUUGCAUUAAAAUGGCCUGUCCUUCGACAAUGCUCACUAAAGCUUCUUCUAUCUUUCCAAUAUCUUCUUCUGUUCUGCCAAUGAGAGAUGACGGACAAAAAGCACAUAAAUUGGCUGUUUCACGGGGACGUGUCGUCGUGUGUUCUGCAACGCAAGAAUCAUCUACUUCGGCUACUGUUACUUCGGAAACAAAGGAAUCACCAAAAGCAGUUGAAAAAGAAGUUCCUCCUGUAAAGCCAAAGGCUCCUGCCAAACCUCCACCAAAACCUCUACCUGAACUGAUGGAACAGGAUGUAAUUCCUUCACUGAAGGCUAUUUUUGAAGCCCAGACUGAUAUAUUAGAUGCUGAGCUUUUCUUCAGUGAUAACAAGUUGGAAGGUUCCUUUGUGAAGAAUGACACUCCUUAUUCAUUUUGGGCUUUCUUCCCAGACGGAGUCCUUACAGGACCAAAAGGAUUUUCUUUGACAUCCUAUGGCAAUGAAGUGAGCACUAUUGAACCUUUUCUAAUAGAUGAAAAAAAGGUCACAGCAAAACAUGUGGUGUUUUGGGUUGAGAAACGAUUAGCAGCUCAAGGAAUACUUCCUGUUUGGAAGAAUGAUCAGUAGGAUGGAUUUGAAGCUCCCCACCCACUGAACCAGACUCCAUGGCAUAACUCAUUCCUUUCUUUGUUUAUAAUGCCACAAGAAUUUGUUAAAUGUACUUCAAGAAACUAAUACAACUUGAAAUUUCAACAGCACUACCAUUCUUGCAGAUU